GAAAGGUCCUCAUGGCAUCGACGACGACCAAAGCGCCAGUCCACGUGCCCCUCGCACUGCACCUUGCUGCCGUUGUGCCCGCCAGCAUCGUUGGCGCCGUCGUCCUUGCAACCAAGAAAGGCACCAAGCAACACGUCCUCCUCGGCCGCAUCUGGACCGCCUCCAUGGUCGCCACGUGCCUCACGAGCUUUGGCGUCACGGAGCUCGUGCCCAGCGGCAGCUUUAGCCCGGUCCACGCACUCAGCGUCUUGACGCUGGCGUCGCUGGGAAAAGGCAUCCAAGCGAUUCGGCAGCGCAACGUCAAGCUGCAUAAACAGUGUAUGCUGGGGUCGAUGGUUGGGCUCGUGGCCGCGGGCGUGGCGACGCUGCUGCCGGAACGACGCAUCCAUGCGUGGGUCAUGCAAGGCAAGGAGCCAUGGCUGCAGCGUGUCGAAGUGAGACGUUGAGCUACAUUUCUAAGCUGACCGUCAACUCG